AUGGAGGCCGUCGGCAACAUCAUGUUGAGCCUCCACCGAAAUCUCCAGGAGAUUCAAACAUCCCUGGAUGGCAGAGGUCAGAGCAGAGAGCAUGAACUUUUGCAGAAUGCCAUAGAUCGAGCUGAGCAGGCACUGCGCUCGCAGGCCGAGUUUCGAAGUCCCAGAGUGCCAUGUUGGAACUUUCGGAUGUCAACAUGGCUGUGCUAUGCCGUGCUAUGCUGUGCUGGCUCAUGGAGGUAUUUAGCACUCCUUCUGACACGUCGCAAGAUCUGGUUAACCACACAACAAGUUUGUGAACAGCGUCGACAAGAACAGUGGCGGCAGCAAUAA